AUGUCUCUUCCAACGUCGAGCGACGGCACUCCUCCAGUUCUGUUCCAAUAUGAUCCGAACCCAGUGGCAGCUUGCAUAUUCAUCGCUGGCUUCGGCCUGUGUACUAUUGGACACUUCGUCCAGAUGUGUUGGCUGAGAACCUGGUACUUCAUACCUUUCAUCAUCGGCUGCCUUCUUGAGACCUUUGGGUACUACGGACGGUUUUGGUGCUCGCAGUCACCCCAAGACUAUGGCGCCUAUGUCAUGCAGCUUCUGCUCAUCCUGCCAGCUCCAGUCUUCCUGGCCGCCACCAUGUACAUGUCGAUCCGCCGAAUCAUCGAAGCGCUAGAAGCGGACGAACUGUCGCCAAUCAGACCCAGUCUGAUGUCGAAGCUGUUCGUACUGGGCGAUAUCAUCUGCUUCAUCAUCCAGGUGGCCGGAACCGGAAUGCAAGUCACCACGAGCACCGACACACAGCAUAUCGGUGGCAUCGUCACGGUCGUUGGCCUGAUAUUUCAGAUCUUGGUGUUCGCACUGUUCGUGGCGAUGGUGUGGAAGUUCCUAUGCAGAUGCAGGCUGCAAGACCGGACAGACAUGGUUCCGUGGAAACGCUAUAUUGUGGCUCUCCUGGCCGCCUGUGCGCUCAUUGUGUUGAGGAAUCUGGUCAGGGGCAUAGAGCAUGCGCAGGGAGCUGGUAGCUACAUCAGUACCCACGAAGCCUUCGCUUAUAUCUUCGAAGCGCUGUUCAUGCUGGCUGUGGUUGUAUUGUUUCUGAUCUAUCAGCCUGGCAGAUUGCAGAGGAGCCUGAGGUUGUUGAAGUCGAGCGUUCACAUGGAGAUGCAAACCACGACUGGCAGCCAAAAUGAAGGCUUGAUGCCGAAGUCUGAUGAGAGGCGGUAUCAGCCCCAUCGAGCAUCAAGGGCGAUACAUAUGCGAAGAGCGUGA